AUGCACGCCCCACAGACAAACGAGCCGAGACCCCCUGGGGCAGCCAGGCAGUCAAGCAGACCCUGUGAUGCACCACCCCGCAAUCCACCGUGCCCACGGGAAAGAAACCAGCCUAAUAAGCAAAAGGGUGGCAAAGAAAGGCCACAGCAUGCACAGCAAAGAGGCCACAUCCCCCCCAGGAUGCAGAACCACCAACAUCCAUGCCAGCCAGGCAGAAACGACAGAGCCAAGCCAAGCUGCGGUUCCCCCCGGGCCAAAGCCACAGCAACACCACACAUCCUUCCAUACAUCGGUAGGGUCAUGGUGAAGACCACCAACCCUAAGCACACACCACCCACCAAGAACCACCCAGCAGACAAGCAAACCCCACCUCAGCAUAAGGCUGAGAAGCCCGAUGCAACCGCAGAGCCCAGCGACGCCCGCCCUGCCAUACAAAACAUGGAGGCCAGAGCCGUCACCCACAGGACCACCACCCCGACACCACAGCAUGCCAAACAGCGGAGGACAGAACACAGCAAUGAGCACCCAAAGCAGAAGCCAUGUACAAAGCCCACACCAUGCAAGUGUGCCCCCACCAGCCCUCCAAAAACAAAGGCCCCUGCAAAAGUGCACCCCCAUGAGAAGAAGACCUAUAGCAUCCAGGUCCAAGAACAUGGCCGACCCCUAUACCCCUGCCUGAAGUAG